AUGUCCGCUAACAACAAAUUACGUAUCUUAGUCCCAAUCAAAAGGGUUAUUGAUCACCAAUUAGCACCAAGAAUCUCAUCUUCUACAAGUUUAAAAAUUCCAAGUUAUAGUAUUAACCCAUUUGAUGACAUCGCUUUGGAAGAAAGUUUAAGGAUUAAUGAAAAAAAUAAAGGAUUAGUCGAAGAAAUUAAAGCUAUUUCUGUUGGCUCCAUUAAAUGCAAAGAUUUACUAUACAAAGCCUUAGCCAAAGGCUGCCACCAAGCAAAAUUAAUUGAAACACCGGUUACCUCUACGACCCUCCAGCCUUUAAGCAUUGCUAAAAUUUUGAAAAAAGAAGUUGAAAAAAACAAUUAUAAUUUGGUUAUUUUAGGCAAACAAGCUAUUGAUGAUGAUAAUAACAACACUGGUCAAAUGUUAGCCGGAUUAUUAAACUGGCCUCAGAUUUGCAAUGCUAGUAAAGUAGAGAUUGUUGAUCCUGUUAAUGGUGAAAUACAAGUUUCAAGAGAAGUUGAUUCUGGUGAGGAGAUUUUAAAGUCUAAAUGGCCAGUUGUUAUUACUGCUGAUCUAAGAUUAAAUACUCCAAGAUACGCAACCUUGCCCAAGAUUAUGAAAGCCAAGAAAAAGAAGAUCGAACAAGAAAAGCUCUUGGAAACAGAUGAUCUAAACAAUGAUCAAUCUUUGAAGGUUUUAAGUUACAAGGAACCACCAAAGAGACAACCUGGUAUUAGAGUUGCUAAUGUUGACGAGUUACUUUCCAAAUUAAAAGAAGUUAAAGCUAUUUAA